AACGAGUGGUAUAUGCAGAGCAGUCGAGCCGCGGUCACACUGGACGCUAAAAUUAAAAAUCGGAUUAAUUUUGUGGUUUCGCUGCUGAAUUUUCGAUAAAAUAGUGUGCAAUUGUGUCGAGUGAAACUGCUAAUUAGUGUAGCUAUCGUAUCAUAACUGCGAAAAGUGUUUUUUGGCCGGGCAAAUAGCGAAAAGAAAGCAGAGUGUCUGCUGCGAAGACGAAUUGAAGGGGAGACAGAGUAACAAUGAGCGAGCGAGACGGCAUCAGGCCAGUGUGUGCGCUAGCUGAGCUCCUCUAACCAAAUAAAACAAAACAAAGGAGAGACAAAGGAUAGAAACCCCGAAAAAGGCACACACACACGCACGCACACACAAGCAAUAAGAAGAGCAGGCAGCAGACAGAUAAACUAAAACAAAUGGAGUUUAAUUGAUUGUUAGUCAAAGGAUCCCGGGAUUUAGCCAGCCGAUCCCAUUCGAACCGAUCCAAAUCCGAAGCUCUUGCUGCGAAAGUGAAGUGAAGGGGAAAACGAGAGAAAAGUCGUCGCCAAAUUGUGCAUGUGCAUGUGCCAGUGUGUGUAUGCGUAUGGCUGUAUGAGUGCGUGUGCAUAUGGGGUUGGAAAACUGUGAAAACUCAAGCGCAAAAGUCUUUGGCUCCGAUUAACUCGCGGAAAACUCAUCCUCACUGGGCAGGUGACGGGAAGAUGCCGAGCGCCUCGUUCACCUCGUCGCGCACCUACGUGCGCCGCUCCCGCCGGAAAGGAGCCAACCGGAUAGCGAUGCCCAACCGGCCGACGGGCAACAUCAUGGAUCCCAUGCUCCAGCAGAACGUGGCCGCCGCCGGAGCGGGAGCAGGUGCAUCCGGUUCGAACAGUAGUAGCGGCGGUGGUAGCAACACCAACAACAACAGCAGCAGCAGCGGGAGCAGUAGUGCCACAUCCACUUCCGGAGGAGGAGGAGCAGCAGCAGCAGCAGCGGGCGCCGGAGCAACUGCAGCAGGAGCAUCCAAUUCAGCAGAGUACUUCGACAGCGGCCAAGGAGCCAGCGGUUCCAGUGGAGCAGUCUCGGGCUUCUCUGGCAGCUUCUACAAUGCCCUGCAAAUGAUGGACACUACUGAGAGCUCAGGCGCCGGCACCAGCCAGUCAACGCCGCCGGCUUUAGGAGCCUCAUCCUCCGCCACAUCGAAGUCCACCUGCGCCACAACCGGAUCUAGUGCGGCAACAACGUCCGCCGCCGCGGCAGCUGCAGCCUCCGCCUCGGCCGGAAGUAGUCAUCAGACCUACGACUUGCGCCGCAAGAUCUCUGCCAGCAGCCACGAGCAGUGGCCGACCAGCUCCUCUUCCGCCGCGGCAGCUGCUGCCGCCGCCAUACUCGUGGGACCCUCGAGCGGCUCCCCGCCGCUGGUCAAUCCCGGCGCCUCGCCCUCCAGCUCGUCGUCCUCAUCCUCCUCCAGUUCGUCGUCCUCGUCCGCCUCGUCUUCGAGCUCCUCGUCGAAUGUACAGGCGCCCUCGACCAGUGCCACCUUCCCGGUGAACAAUGCACCCACAACGGGAGCCACUCUGGCGCAGCCACCUAACGUCCACAGCUCAGUGCCACAGCAGCAUUGUGGGGCACUGCCGGUGGGCGCUGCCAUCGAGGAUAAUAACUACAUGCUGCCGGCGAGGAAGCGAUCGCGUCGCCUGUAUACGCAAGGUGGCGAGAUGGGUCCCGCUGCGGGAGCCACGGGGGAAACAGCCGGCUCUGGGACGGCAACGUCCGGAGGAUCAGGUGCGCCAACUGCGGCCCAGUACCUCCAGUACGAACUGCCCGACGAAGUGCUGCUGGCCAUCUUCUCGUAUCUGAUGGAACAAGACCUCUGCCGCCUGGCGCUUGUAUGCAAGCGCUUCAAUACCAUUGCCAACGACACGGAGCUCUGGAAGCGCCUCUACCAGUCAGUCUUCGAGUAUGACCUGCCGCUCUUCAAUCCGGAACUGUGCAAGUUCGUGUUCGAGAAGCCGGAGGAGUCGGAGUACGCCAAUCCGUGGAAGGAGAGCUUUCACCAGCUGUACCGUGGAGUGCAUGUGCGCCCCGGUUACCAAGAGCGUCGCAGCUCAGGACGCAGCAUUGUGUUCUUCAACACCAUUCAGGCGGCGCUGGAUUACCCAGAAGAGCGUGCCGCAUCGGGAGUCUUUGUGCCGCCUGGCGCCGGAGCUGGCAAUGUGGUCUCCGCGGGACUGUCCAACACAAGUGCGUCAGCGGGCGCAGGUGGAGCCGGUGGGGCCAGCGUUAAUGCCCUGGUCAAUAUCUAUGAAGAGCAGGUGGCCCCCACCGAGCACCCCGGUCCACUGAUAUUCCUUCACGCGGGCCAUUACAAGGGCGAAUAUCUGUUUAUCGACUCGGAUGUAGCUUUAGUUGGAGCAGCGCCUGGUAACGUGGCUGAAUCGGUGAUCCUGGAACGAGAGGCCGGAUCCACGGUGAUGUUCGUUGAGGGAGCCAAGUACGCCUACGUGGGCUACCUCACACUCAAGUUCUCGCCGGAAGUAACUUCGACGGUAUCGCAUCACAAGCACUAUUGCCUGGACAUCGGCGAGAACUGUUCCCCGACCGUGGACAACUGCAUCAUUCGCUCCACCUCGGUGGUGGGCGCUGCCGUCUGUGUGGGCGGGGUAAAUGCCAAUCCCGUGAUCCGCAACUGCGAUAUCAGCGACUGCGAGAAUGUAGGUCUCUACGUCACCGACUACGCCCAGGGAACCUACGAGCACAACGAGAUCAGCCGGAACGCCCUGGCAGGCAUUUGGGUCAAAAACUUCGCCAGCCCCAUCAUGCGGGAGAACCACAUACACCACGGUCGGGAUGUGGGCAUCUUUACCUUCGAAAAUGGAAUGGGCUACUUUGAGAAAAAUGACAUCCACAACAAUCGCAUAGCUGGCUUCGAGGUCAAGGCCGGAGCCAAUCCUACCGUGGUCAAGUGCGAGAUCCAUCAUGGUCAGACGGGCGGCAUCUAUGUGCAUGAGAAUGGUCUGGGUCAGUUCAUCGAGAACCGCAUCCACUCAAAUAACUUUGCAGGUGUCUGGAUAACCUCCAACAGCAAUCCCACCAUCCGCAAGAACGAGAUCUACAACGGGCACCAAGGUGGCGUGUACAUCUUUGGCGAGGGUCGCGGUCUUAUAGAGCACAAUAACAUUUAUGGUAAUGCGUGCGGGAUUCAGAUCCGCACCAACAGCGAUCCCAUAGCGCACAAUAAGAUCCACCAUGGCCAACACGGCGGCAUAUAUGUCCACGAAAAGGGUCAGGGUCUGAUCGAGGAGAACGAGGUGUACUCCAACACACUGGCUGGCGUGUGGAUCACUACUGGGAGCACUCCAGUUUUGCGACGCAAUCGGAUCCAUUCGGGCAAACAGGUGGGCGUCUACUUCUACGACAACGGUCAUGGCAAAUUGGAGGACAACGACAUAUUCAACCACCUGUACUCGGGAGUCCAGAUCCGCACAGGCAGCAAUCCAGUGAUAAGAGGCAACAAGAUCUGGGGCGGACAGAAUGGUGGAGUACUUGUCUACAAUGGUGGUCUGGGAUUGCUCGAGCAGAACGAGAUCUUCGACAACGCCAUGGCCGGCGUUUGGAUUAAAACUGACUCCAACCCGACGCUGAAGCGUAAUAAGAUCUAUGACGGCCGUGAUGGAGGCAUCUGCAUCUUUAACGGAGGCAAGGGCAUCCUCGAGGAAAACGACAUCUUUCGCAAUACGCCCGGCGUCCUAAUCUCGACGCAAUCGCACCCGAUUCUACGACGAAAUCGCAUCUACGAUGGCCAGGCAGCGGGCGUGGAGAUAACCAACAAUGCGACGGCCACGCUGGAGCAUAAUCAGAUAUUCAAGAACAAGUUCGGCGGGCUGUGCCUAGCCAGUGGAGUUCAGCCAAUUACUCGGGGCAACAACAUUUUUAACAACGAGGACGAGGUGGAGAAGGCCGUCUCCAGCGGGCAGUGCCUGUACAAGAUUAGCAGCUACACCUCCUUUCCCAUGCACGACUUCUACCGCUGCCAGACCUGCAACACAACCGACCGCAACGCCAUCUGCGUGAAUUGCAUCAAGAAUUGUCAUGCUGGUCAUGACGUUGAGUUUAUACGACACGAUCGCUUCUUUUGCGACUGCGGUGCUGGCACCCUGUCCAACCAGUGUCAACUGCAGGGCGAGCCCACUCAGGACACGGACACGCUCUACGACUCGGCGGCGCCCAUGGAAUCACAUACGCUGAUGGUCAACUAGGACACUAAUUAACUUCGGCAGCUCGACCACAGUCCCAUCCUUAGCUAUAUCUAUCUUAAGACGUUAAGGCCAAGCUCUCAAAUCUCUCGCACAUCUCAAGUGUUGCUGUAAAUAUUCAAAAGGAAACCAACAAACGAACACACACUAUAAUACAAUUAAUUGUAUGUAAAUAAUAACUAAUUAUUCUUGCGUUCAAAAUUUAACUCAAUGUGCAAUUUAGUUUAACACGAACUCACACGCAAAGUUUUCACUUUUUAACUAAGCAUAAACGGAUAAAUCAAUACAAAGAACACUGAAACCUUACCCAUUUAUGUCACAACGAAUGAAUGAAACUGAAAAGGAGGAACACCUUUAAUACACAAUGCAUUUGUUUGUACGUCGAAGUGUUGUAAACGAAAGAGGAGCAAAUGAGUCCUCUCGAACCCAGUGAAGAACAAUUUUGUAAUGUAGAUUAGUAGAGAUUUUAAAAUUACAUCAAUUAACAUAAACUACGUGUAAGCCAUAGAUAUUAAUGAGAGAGGAGAUAUGUAUGCCCAGGCGAGCGGAUCGGCCCCUGACUAACAACAAUUCGAAGAAAGCAAUUCUAAGUAUUAACAACAAAUUAGAUUAGCGGCAGCCAAUGCUUCAGCAAACUAACCUAUGAAUAUACGAGUAUAGUACACACAUAACAUAACUACAUUUAAACGAAAUACAGCACACUACUCUAUAUAUUCAUACGAAUCUAUGCGAAUUCUACUGAAACACAGCACACGGACAAGAUACAAAAUCAAAAGCCUUUACCAAGCGUAAAAUACCAAGCAAUAUUUCAUGUCUAAAUGUUGUAGAACAAAUUUGUAGCUCAAACGUAAAAGAGAAAUAGAAACGAAACAAAAGCCAUGUGUCAUUUUAGUCGUGUAAGUUUAUGAACAGUUUAGUAUUUAGUUUGUCUACGGGCCGAGUAUUCGAAUUAUGCAAAUCAUUUUUAAUUUAAGUCUGUAGCCUAGGCUAAGUGAACGCAAAAACCAUAACUACUGCAUAGAUGACAUUAUCCGAUAAUUGCGUGUGAAUUAAGUAUUUUGUUUUUAUUGCCUAACAUUUAAUUUAUACUUUGUUUGCCCGUGUUUUUUCCCCAACGGUUCAAUUUCGUAGGAUCAAAUAACCAUAACACAUAAA